UUUAUUCCGAAAACUGCAACCGGAAGUUCUGUAUGUCAGUGUGGCUCGGUGACUCGACGCCGGUUUUCUUGCCAGGGUAACGGUAGCUGUCGCUUUUGAUCCCUCAAUUGUCCCGGUUUGUUGACGUUUGCUGGAGUACAGCAGUAGUUAGUAACGGUGGAGGAGGGGGUGGGGGGUCUGCCCGUUGUUUCAGGCGAGUCGUGUGAGUGUCAAUGAAGCUAGCCGGCUAGCUUAAAUGGGUUUUCGAGUUAAAAGAUGAUCGCCUCACUAUCUAGAGGAAGUUUGCUGGAUGAGGUUCUUCACGGGAGCUUUAACGAGCAGCAGCUGGCAACGUAUGUUUCCUGGGUGAACUCUCAGCUGAGGAGGAAACCGGGCCUGAAACCUAUUACGGACCUCAGACUUGACCUGCAGGAUGGCGUAGUGCUCACACAACUAGUAGAAAUAGUUGCUGGGGAAGUGCUGGAAGGAGUGUAUGUGGCUCCACAAAACAAAGAGGAAAGCAGGAAGAAUGUGGAGCAAGUCUUGCAGUUCAUUUCCUCCAGACACAUACGCAUGCCACACAUAUCCGCAAGAGACAUUGUCGAUGGUAAUCUGAAAUCUGUAAUGAGGAUAAUUCUGGCGCUGGCUGCCCACUUCAAACCAUCAGCCAACCAUAGGGCUGCUGUUGGAAGCGGGAGGAGCUUGACAAGAGGCUAUGCAAGCCACAACCCUCUCUCCACUGUUGCAUUAGCACAAGGUGCCGCUGCUGCACUAGCAUCAGCACAAUUUGAUGCCUCACAGCCUGCAUGUGUCACACGUAUCCACAGUGGCUGGGGGUUGGACGUGGAAAAGAGUGUGUGUGUUCGUGCACUGGUUGAGCAGUAUGAAAGAGGAGCUCCAGAUGAGCAGGACAAUCCUCAGUCUAACAGCCUUACCUCCGUCAGUCCACUGUCAUCUCCAAGACCUUUACCCAGCAGCGAUGCAGACAAACAGCAGGAAAACCGCAAACAACAGCAGAGCAGUGCUGAGUCAUCUCAUAUUGCAGUGGAGAUGGCGUGGGAGGACUCUCUCAGUGACACUUUGGAGAAGGAGGUUCAGGAGACACGUAAAAUAGUGUCCACUUUACAGGCCCUGCUGCUGCAUGGUUCACUGCCUGAGGAUGAGCAAGAUGUGUCUUUGACUUUGGACCAGUGCAACGCUGAACAGCAGCUGGUAGUCAUUCGCAGUCGUUUGGAUCAGAGUAUGGAGGAGGCUCAGGAGCUGAAGAGGGAACUGUUGCGCUGUAAGCAGGAGAUGAGAAACCUCCAGGGAACCAAGGACGCCCAGCAGCAGAGGCUGUGCACUCAGGAGGCCUCAAUACUGCAGAUGAAGCAGGAACUUCUCAGAGCCAGCAUGACGAAGGAUGAACUCAACAGCCAGAACGCAGAGCUACAGUGGAAGCUUGAGGAAUGUAACAGACUGUGGGGGGAAUGCAAGAAGGAGACAGGACAGAAGGACCGACAAAUGCAGCAACUGAAACACAAGCUUGAGGAAAGCCAAAAACAGCAGAGUGAAUUGCAAAGAGAGUUGGAGCAUAAAAACAGCAUGCUGCAGGAACAGGUAAUUCCCACCACUACAGAAAACAAUGGAUAUUCUUACUCUGGAAAUCCAGCUCCCUCUAUGUCAGGCCAGGCAGAGGAGGUGCGGCUGCUCAGAGAUGCACUUAGAAGUUUGAGGAACAACUUCAGAGACCACGACCCGCAGCACCAUACACUGGACACCCUGGAGCAGGGCAUAGUAUCACUCAUCGACAGACUGCAGGUUCUGCAUAAACACAGGGGAAGGGGGAAAUCUCCAAGACGCAAAGGUCAACACACAGACUCUGACUCCUGGCCUUGCACAAAGGUUUGUCAGUCUGACAGUGGUUCUUCUGCCUCUACUAAAUUCCUUUAUUUCACUGGAAAAUCCCCGACACCUUCCAUGAUCAAUAUACCGAAGAGGCUGGGUGAGGUAACUCUCAAGGAUGUUAAGGCAGCUGUGGAUCAGGAGGGAAGCCACAGGUACCACUUCAAGGCCCUGGACCCUGAGUUUGGUACUGUGAAAGAAGAGGUGUUCCUGGAUGGAGCAAUCGUUCCAGGCUGGGAAGGAAAAAUAGUGGCAUGGGUAGAAGAGGACCGUGGUGACGAAAGGCCACUGUAGGUUCUAGCUGAGGGGGAAUGACACAUUGUUUUUGCUCCUGGUUACUCUGAUCCCAGAGGCCAUCGAGACAACUGUUCAGAAAAGAGGCACAAGUGGACUAUUUUUGAGAUUCAACUUAGCAAAAUACUGUAAGACUUAUCAGCACGAGAUUUAGGUUCAUCAGCUGAUAAUGAAACCAUAUGGAGCUCGACUCACUCUGGUGAAUGUGUAAACCUGUGAACGAUGAACAUUUUAAAAAUCCUUACAAAAGAAAGCUCUUUCCAUCAUGUGCUUACUAUUGCCAGGCUGUAGCUAUAGUAUCAGAACUGGACUCUAAAGUAGAAAUAUUAUUUAGAAUUAACUUUUUGCAAAACCACAGUAGUGUUGUUGUUUGACCUCCAGUUAAGGUCAGAGGUCUGUAUGAAGAAUUCAAAAAAAAAUUACAAAGUCAUUUUAAGUGUUCAGCAUCACUUUUUAUUCCUUGUGCAGCAGUGUUGUCUUUAAAGAAACACCACCAGUUUACAUGAUAGAAAUAUGUAUUGUCCAUUGUUCUUUAGCCCAGUUACAAUUCAGUCUUAAUUGUGAAUGUGAAGUGAAUUUACAGUAUUAUUUACCUUAGGUUUUUUCAUCGUAUUUCUUGCUUUCUGGAUUAGAAAGAAAUACCACUUUUAGAAUGCAAAUGUUACAAGGACACAAAAAAUGUUAAUUUUGUGCUUGUGCUGCUUGAGGUUUGUCUACAUUCUGACCUGCUGAAAAAUAAACUGACCAGAUUCCAGCUACUAUUGCUAGUAUACUACAUAACAGUAAAAAGUAGAAUGAUGGUCAUGUAAAAAUGUCCAAACUAAAAGGUCUAUUGCAAAAAGAAAAAAAAAACACCUGAAUGUAUUUCAGACUAAUCAGUUUGACUAAAUAGGACACGAAUCCAGAUGUGGGUUUAUGUAUCAGUCUGUAGCACAUCAGCAUGCAUGAAAACAGAACAGGCUUAUAGUGAACAGCUGUCAGUGAACAGAAAUGAUGCUGGAACUUUAAUGUUCAUGUAGAAAUGCAGAUGAACAACACUGUUAUUUUAUUUACUUUAUGAAAUUGUUUUGUACAUUUGUGUAAAAUAUUUUCACCAUAUCCUUAAAUAUUUGAAGUUUAUGACUAUGAGUAUUUGUUUAAAGAGAGAUUCUUGUCGGCUCCUGUUACAAAGACGUUGUGGAUGUGAGUUUGACAUCAGAGGUUUAAAGGGGACUUUUGUUGAGGAAAAAUGGACCAUCCCACUAUUUAUUGCUUGCGUGUGUGCGUGUGUGUGUGUGUGUGUGUGUGUGUGUGUGUGUACGUGUGUACGUGUGUGUGGACUAGAACUGUUUAUUAGUUUUCCUUCACUCUGCUUCUAUCUUCCCAUUUGGGAUCAAUGUCAUUGCCUUGACUAACAAGCCAACUGAAAUAUGCAUCAGUCAACUUUUGAACUAAAACCCAUUUGAAUGCCAUAACUGCCUGUACUGUGAAUGUACAAUUUGCUGAUGAAAUGGUUAUUUAGCAUUUGUUUGUUUAAUGAAAUUUUGACAAAAUGCGGAUAAUGUCUGUUUUUGAAAAAGCCCUUUGUUGAAUGUUAGAAAGACAUAUUUUGAAAUAA